AUGGAGCAUCAGAUCACGCCAGCAGCGUAUGUUCUUUUUGACGAGUUAUACACCAAUGAUGAUAUCUUUCGCUCUAUAAUUCGGAAUAAAGGAGCAUUAAAUGUUCGUCUUCUUGGAAGAUUUUCUGCCUUUGAAGCUGACAAUAACUUGGUUGAACUUCUGUCUCCAUUCGUUGGGGAUUCCUUACCCUGUGUUAUUGUAGAUGUGAAAUUUUUAAUGGAUAAUCAGAAACAGUGCUUUUCAAAUACAUUGGCCUAUGAACGUUUCAUUCAAUUCAUUGGAGAAUUGAAUAUAUCACCAAUAAAUGGAAAACAUUAUAGACUUACAGCAUUUUCAUUCACUUUCAUGGAUGGUGUAAACUUAGAGUUAUAUAAAACUGCAACAAAAAUAACUCGAAAUUAUGUUAAAUACUUGCCUUCUCGCUGUUGUUUGCGACAAGAAAGCGUUCGUCUUUGUAAAAAAGUAUUUGUCGGUGAUAAUUUUGCAAAACCUAAUUCCUUUAUAAAUAAUAUAAAUGCUAUUGAAAAAUCAGGAAUUUCUAUCGAAAAUCCCUCUGAUAGCAUGCAAAGAUAUUUUACUUUAUUCGUAAUUGAUAUUGAUGUGUACAAACGGCAGUAUGAGACAACAACAACAACAACAUUUAUGGGAUUAGAGAAUAAUCAUGAUAACCUUGCUAAUGGCAAUAAAAACUCUUAUGAAAAUUUAAAUCAGUACGUACAAGUUAUUUAUGCUGCCUAUAAUAUUCCUGCCAGUUGUUUUAAGUCUUCGACUUAUUGUAGACCGGAUGAUUUGCAUUCAGUUAGUAAGCCUUAUUGUUUUAGUGAAUAUGAUGAAUACAAUCGCAUACGAGUAUUUCUCUUAGAACAAGUCAGAAACAGUAUGCCAGCAAUUAUGCAAAUGACAAAUAAAACCAAUUACAGAGAUUUCUAUAAUCCAGUCUACUACAAAGGUUAUCCAUUUAGAAUAAAUGAAUACUAUUAUCAAAGGUGUAAACGUUCAAAGAAGUAUGAUAUGUUUAUGCUCAAUCAUGGUGAAUAUCUUUCUAGUAAUUAUGAUAUUAAUUUAAGGGAAAGAGUAAGUCAAUUUUUCAGUAGACAUGACAAUACUACAACUGACAGUAUUCAUAGUACCAUAGUAGAUUACUUCCCGAAGUUAAUCAUUACAAAUGAAACUAUUCAAUAUGAAGAGUCGACAUGUUUUUUAUGGGGAGAAUGGAUUGGGAGAGUAUUACACAUCCCAUCUUUAUUCGAACAUCAUCGUUCAUGUAAUAAUGAUCCAAUGAGAUGGGAAAAAGAACACCAAAUUCAUGGAAGCAAUUUAACCGACUACUUAAUCCAACGGGCUAAUCAAUGGUUUACUUUUGCUAAAAUUAACUAUGUUCAUUUAUUCAUGCAUGAAAAACGUGCAUCACAGCUGCAAGAAUUAUUGUCAAGGAACAUAAAAGAGUUAUUCAAUAUCAGAAUAAGUUAUCGAGCUGCGAAAUGCAUAAGGAUUGUAUCAAGGUUAUAUUUAUUUGAACAACUUCUUAGAAAAUUUAAUUAUAUCUGGGAGCCUAUCGCCCCUUAA